GCUUCGUUUCUCAUGAAUAAAACGUCAAAUCCUUUGGAGGAGCGUUUCCAAGCUGAGGAUCAGGGACCAGAAUGGGUCCUGGGGUGACGUUUCAUUGGGUGGCAGAUCGUUAAGGGUACGAUUGUGAGGUUUUUUAUUAAGUUCUCAUUUAAAGUGUGUUAAUGCAUCGUCAGUGUUUUGGCAGUACAGCGUAUGUUUUAUAAGAGUUUGGUCCUUAACUGCCCUCCGGAUUCUGCGGUAUGAAAGCUAAAAUAAAUCAGUUUGCACUGAAAUGUUAUUUAUGCCUGUCACUGAAAGCAUUCAAGUUACGUGGUUGAAGGUGACCCCCCCCAGACAUAAUAUACAGUAGUACCAGUGUGGUCAUAUGUGAAGGCUUGCAUGAGCGCACGCUGUUCCUUCAUUCAGUCAAAUCCUUCUGGGAGCAGAGAUGAAAAAGUCCAGUGCUUUCUUCAACAUUUCACUGAAAUGCAAAAAGUGUCUUUUUGAUUUGUGCAAAGCUCUCCUGAAUUUGCUUGUAUUUUUUAAAGGUGUUUUUACAAGAAUGUUUGCAUGAAAGGCAUCCGCCGAGAGGCUGUUCUUUGUGCGUCUGAGUUGAGCUUUGGGCGCUAAUUCCCUUUUACAGGAGCGGGAUUAUGUGCUAUUCUAAAUCCCAAUCCCCAUAUGGAGCGUGUGUGUGUGUGUGUGUGUGUGUGUGCACGUGGAUGAUGUCACGGCCGGGACGAAGGGACAAACAGGAAAUCAAAGGCCGACACGGCAACAUGGCAGAUUAAGGGCCUGCGGUGGCGUGCGUGCUUGCAUGAUUACCAGCCAUACCUGCCAACAUUUGCAUUCUAAAAUAAGUGACAUUUAAGGGAAAAUGAGGGAAAUCCUGGUCUUCCACAAGAAUUUAGUGGAAAAACAUGGGAAGGGUUAACAUGGGCGGGCGCCAGGAAAGAAGGGAAAAAUACGGCCGUUUUGUAGUGAAAACGGGAGGAUUGACAGGUACUGUAUGUGCUGGUUUAUGCACGAGUUUAAAAAAAACUCAGGGCGCUGCAAUGAUGUCAGCCUCCCAAUGGGCCCCUCCAGCUCCCUCUGUUGGACAGACACAGCAUUGCAGCACCUUGGCAGGCAUAACCAACUAAAUGCUUUGCUGGGACAAAAUGCAUCGUGGGAAAAUGUUGUUCUUUUUUAAUUGUUACUUGUAUUUAUUUCUUAGCUACCUUUGAGUGUUAAGUUGCUGUGUGAUGAUUUUAGCAUUCUUCGUAAAAUGACACUGAGUCAUGACCUCCUGCUUUUUCAUAGCUCAUGAUUGGCUCCUGGACCUACCUGGUCCUCACGGACCCGUGAGCAAUGCAAAACGUCAUUUUAUGACAUGGACAUGUGUGGCUUAUAUAUGUACAAAUCUGUUUUUCUCUCUACAUUUGGUGGGUGUGGCUUAAACACCGGUGCGUCUUACACAACACAAGUUACGGUAAUGAGUUAAAAAAAACACAAUAUAGUGAGGGAGUGAUAAUCAAACUGCGAUAUUGCGAGGGUUUACAGAAUUUUUUUGUGGUAUUUUUGGACCCUGCUUUGACCUUAAACCAGGGCAGCAAGAGAAAAGUGCCUUCUGUAAAGCACACAGGUGUCCAAAAGGUCUUGCAAAGAUGCAGAAUGAAGAACUAAGCAGCUACUAAGGAGUCUAGUCCUCCCUUUGACUGAUUCAUUCAAUGAAGAGGUGAGUCCAAAGCCUUGUGUCCACAAAGUACAAUAAAAUACUGAGCCAAAAACUCCCAAUGGAUGCUUGUUCCAAUGUGGGCGCAUCACAACUCAUCUCCUUGCUCCACACCAUGAAGAUAUUCUGUAGACAUGAUGACACGGGGAGGAGGUAGAGGACCUUGUUGCUCUGCCCGUUUCCUCCCUCGUUCUCCAGUUGUCUCAGUGACAUGAGGCUUAUGGGCCAGGGCAAGGGGGCGGGGUCAAAGAGGCUCAGUCUGGGGGAUUAUCAUUGUACUCUCCACACACACACACACACACACACACUGUACUGUACAUACCAUUUAGGCUGAUUUGGACGACUGCUGAGGACUUUAGUCAUUCCCAUCACCGCAUCUGACUGUUGGUCAGGCAGUCGCCGUGGAAACGACCAGGCUGGAUGCUAGGAGGCGGACCAAACACUUUUUAAAAGAGAGUUUGGCAGAUCGGGAGAUGAGAUCUUAGGAAGAUGGAGGGAGAGUUGGCCUAUCUGAGCGGAUCCAGAGGAGGGGGGAGGAGGACGGAGAGGAUGUGCUCGCGGGAGGAGAGGAAGAGGAGAAAGAAGGUGGCGGAGGAAGGCCUGCAGAGACACCUCGAAAACUCGUCCUCGGUGUCCAGCGGCUCGCACGAUGGUCGCAGUUCAGCGGCCAGCAACCUGGACGUGGCCGACCGGCUGACCUACCUGGAGCAGAGGAUGCAGAUGCAGGAGGACGAGAUCCAGCUGCUGAAGAUGACCCUGGCUGAUGUCCUCAAGAGGCUCAACAUCUCCGAGGAGCACCAGGCCGCCACCGCCGGCGGGAGGAGGGUGCCGGGCACUAAAGGGAGGCCGGUCUCAAUGGCCCUGCCCCCCAGACCCCACAUGGUGACCUCCACUGCCGCCAGCUUGAGGAAGAGCUCCACGCUGCCCUCCAGCGCCACGGGCAGGAACUACAGCCCCACGCCUCCUCGCAGCGGCGUCAGGAGCCCGGCAGGAAGCGUGAAGGACAGCCCUUGCAAGACCCCCAAAACACGCCCAAGCUCAUCAGCUUCCACCUGUAAGACAGCCAACGAAGGGAGCAGCAGGUCCAGGGAAGGAUCAGUAACUUUAGGCACAAGGAGAGUGACACACUGCAAAGUGACUAUGCAGAUCUAUCUGAGCCCCCUCGCAAGAAAGACUGGGUCUUCUGAGAGCGCCACGUCCGCCCCCACCGUGCCUGCCGGUGGCGGCGGGCCAGGUCAUCUUCAGGCCAGGGGCGGAGCCAAGACAGUGGCGCGUAGAAACAGCCCGUCCUUCACUUUGAACCUGCAGAAGACCACAACUAACGUCAGCAACAACAAGAACACACAGCAGGACGCUCCUAACUUCACAAGUCCACUUAAGUCGCCCAGUCAGUACUUUCAGAUUUGUUACUGAGGAAGUAAAACCUUCAUCUAAUAUCUGAUCUCUCCUAAAACCUGAAACUGAUUUCUUGGACAACAUUUGGCCAACUGUUGAAUUAAGUUAGCUUAAAUAUGCUUUCUCACUUGCUAUUUCCUGGUUAUGUGUUGUUUGUUAUUGCUUUUUAUGAUGCGUGUGUGUUUUUGCAUUGAUUAUGUCUGUUUGACUUGCUGUUAUGUCGUAGAACUCCCACAUUGUGCAUUUGCUAACGCGCAGCGCUGUACUGUGUGUACUACAAUGUAAGGUUAAGUGAAAUGAAUAAAUUAACUGUGCUGUGAUGUCAAA